AUGUCUGCUCAGUACCGUCCUGCUAGCUACCAAGUGCCAAUGACUAUGUCACACCACGAAGAAACCAUGCGCUCAGGCUUCCCCGGCCACGACCCAGAAUCCUACCAAAUUCGACCCGUCCUGACUGACCUUCUCGACACCCUGAACAUGGUCUCCGCCUACACAACGAUCCUGACACUGGCAACAGUAGAAGGUUCAGCAGACUCCUCGUUCGAGUAG